AUGAGCAAUAACCUGAGAAUUCUGGCUCAAAGGACUUACCCACAGACUGUGGCUCUAUGUCAAGGUGCCCGACUUCAAAGCACCUUUGCGGAAAAUGCCAGCAACAAGACCAAGGAGAUGGCGCACACCGUUAAGGAAAAGCUUCACGAAGCCGGACAAGCCGUGAAGAACGCCGCUGAAAGAGUUAGCGAUAAAGCUGGAGAACUGAAGGACAGAGCCAGCCAGUCGAUUCACGACGGAGCCGAAUCUCUUAAAGACAGUGCCGGAAGGGGCAAGGAACAAGCCAGAGAGAAGGUUGAAGAAGGAGCAGAAGCUCUGAAGCGCAAGGCUAGACAACAGUCUUAA